AGUGUCGUAGGGGCAGGGAGGGGUUCUUUACCCGGUCCGGCAGCUGAAGCUCGGUGCUCGGGUUACCCCUGCAGCGACGCCCCCUGGUCCCACCGAUACCACUGCUGCUCCCGCCCCUUCGCUCCUCGGCCGCGCAAUGGGCACCCGCGACGACGAGUACGACUAUCUCUUCAAAGUUGUCCUUAUUGGAGAUUCUGGUGUUGGAAAGAGUAAUCUCUUAUCUCGAUUUACUCGAAAUGAGUUUAAUCUCGAAAGUAAGAGCACCAUUGGAGUAGAGUUUGCAACAAGAAGCAUCCAGGUCGAUGGGAAAACAAUAAAGGCACAGAUUUGGGACACAGCAGGGCAGGAGCGAUACCGAGCUAUAACAUCAGCAUACUAUCGUGGAGCUGUAGGUGCCUUAUUGGUCUAUGACAUUGCUAAACAUCUCACGUACGAAAAUGUAGAACGAUGGCUGAAAGAACUGAGAGAUCACGCUGAUAGUAACAUUGUUAUCAUGCUUGUGGGCAAUAAGAGUGAUUUGCGUCAUCUCAGGGCAGUUCCUACAGAUGAAGCAAGAGCUUUUGCAGAAAAGAAUGGUUUGUCAUUCAUUGAGACUUCCGCUCUAGACUCUACAAAUGUAGAAGCUGCUUUUCAGACAAUUCUGACAGAGAUAUACCGCAUUGUUUCCCAGAAGCAAAUGUCAGACAGACGUGAAAAUGACAUGUCUCCAAGCAACAAUGUGGUUCCUAUUCACGUUCCACCAACCACUGAAAACAAGCCAAAGGUGCAGUGCUGUCAGAACAUAUAAGGCGUUUCUCUUCUCCCCUAGAAGGCUGUGUAUAGUCCAUUUCCCAGGUCUGAGAUUUAAAUAUAUUUGUAAUUCUUGUGGUCACUUUGUGUUUUAUUACUUCCUCAUACUUAUGAAUUUUUCCAUGUCUUAAGUCUUGAUUUUUAGCUUUAUAAAAUCAUCCACUUGUCCCGAAUGACUGCAGCUUUUUUUCAUGCUAUGGCUUCACUAGCCUUAGUUUAAUAAACUGAAUGUUUGGAUUCCUCAGUUAUUGUUUACUUUUCAUCAUGGAAGCCUGUCACUGUAGGACAUGUUAGAACUUGAUCACUUGAAGCUCAGACCUAUUGGUCUUGAUCAAAUCAAACUAAGAAGGCUUUAGAAGAAGAAAUAAGCUAUCAUUUUGCCACAGAGCAGUUUAUAAUGAGCAGAUUAUAAUUCAUACACUCUACUCUCAAUGCAGUGUAUAUUUCCACAAAUCUUAAGAAUUGCCCUAUAAACAUAGCAGGAUUUUGAGAGCUUGAAAAUUUUCCAUUCUGGAAGUCAAUUUCUAAAAUGCCUUAAUAGGGUUAAGUAGUUUAGUAAAUUUUGUUUUUUAAUUUUUGUAAGCAUCAAAGUUGAUUAGAGAGGGGGACACUUUUUUCUGGAUAAGAAUUAUCUAAAUAAACAAAGACUGUUAUAUGGUUUCAGUAGCAGUGCGGUUAUGGAGCCAUACAUUAAACAGUGCUGCCUGGCAGGCUGGGAACUUGAGAGACUGGUGGAAUUCCAUUUGGAGAUGCCUCUGUUGCAAUGAUCAGGCAGCCCAAAUCAUUGAACUCAUCUAAUUUCCCAGCAGUAGAUUAUGUGGCGUUUUAUUGCUGAGGCAAUAACAGGUUUAAUGCUGUUAGUAUCAAAUUGUGAGGUGUUAAUUUUGUCUUAAAACCUUCCAGUAAAUGAAAUGCAACCUAGUUUUAUCACCGUAUCUAUCAGCAGGCAUGGAUAAUUAUUUUAACAAUGCUGAUUUUUGAGUUUCGCAAUAUAUUAUGGAAUACAGUCCAGUUAAAUAUCUGGUUUCAGUAUGUCUAAAGAAUAUAGUGAGAGGUUAAUUUCUGCUCAAGUGGUACCACUUAAAGGCAUGUAUUCUUUUAGUAUGUAGUACCUUGAGUUUAAAUAGAAUGCAUUUAGGCAUUAUACAAACCUGAACUACUUUUUCCCCACUACAUUAUUGAAGUCAGUGGAGCAACUAGUUUCCCAUUUAGAAAUGUGCACACUAAUACUGAGUUUUACUUUCUUGUGGAUAAUAUUAAGCACUUACUCUGCAGUGUUCUGAAAGUUGUGUCAACUGAAUUGAUACUAUUCAGGAUGGUGGAAUAUCCCCCAAGUACAAAAAUAUAUAUGUGUGUGGGCUUGCGUAGAUUACUAUGUUUCAUAGUUAAUCUGUCUUUUGCGGUGCUCAUGACGUGUGGGGCACACGGAAGGCAUUGCUGUGGUCAGUCUUUUUGGUUUUCUUCUGUAGCCAUUUAUUAUUUUAGAGUAUUGGUUGGUUAUGAAGAUACUAUUACCUAUUUGUAAAUCGCUACUUUGUAUUUUAUGCAUGCUCUGUAACUUGAUUUAUUUUUAUUUUAUUUUAUUUUUUAGUUAUUGAUUUGGAAUCUAUUCACAUUCUAAUAAACAGUUAUAGGGGGACUAUUC